GAAACAUUUUUGACAUUGAGUUAUACAAUAAGAGAUCUUACUGUAUUUGCAUUUCUUAUCGUUUAAGCUCAAGGUGCGUUGGAUUUGCAGUUGUUUGUUUAUUUGAUUCUAAUAAGCCGGUGUAAAUACAAAAAUGAACUGGACACAUUUCAUUUAUAGCAAAAGUCAGUUUGUAUGAGGUUAACCAUAACUGUCAUUAACAUUGUGUAUAGUAUACGUGAGCUAGUACACAUUAAGGUGACACAGGAAAUGAGCUCGCCGCAGUAUUCAUUUGCGAGGUUUGACAAGACUAGAUGUAGUGUCGCUUCUUUAAUUUAGCCUAUCUGUAUGUUGGUGACACACGGAAGAAGGUUGUUACAGAUACCUGUUAAGCAUACAUUAAUUACAACGAGGAUUCAGGUGGAGUAUGAUCUUACACUGGGCAGUGAGGUUCGAUAUGGACUUAUGAGUAUUAAAGCUUGUUGCAAGUUAUGUAUCGCAAAAGAAAAUAACAUUUCAACGCAGUGCAUGUAAUAACACAAAUACUAGUACAUACGAAAUGUGGUUCACAUGCAGAGUGAUUUAAAAAGGUGUUGCGUGAUUGUGAACAAAAACAUUAAAAAAAAACAUGGCGCAAAGGAAAUUAAACAAGGAACAGGUGCGCAUGCCGGAAGGAGAAGAAGACGACGUCGUUACGUCAUCGGAUGACGACGAACUGGGCGCGGAAGAAGAGAGAGUACGGAAAGUCAGUUCAUUUCAGGAAACUUCUUUCGAAGAAGCCCCGUCCGUCGGUGGUAUCGAUGUACUCCGUCCAUCCAUCUCCGAGGGUUUCCGUGUUUGAGAUUUCAAAAUUUAAUGUUGGGUAUCUCCGCAAGAGGGCGAGCGAAGCUUCGUCUCGGGUCGGGUCUAAGCGAUACGAAGUUGCCAAGUUUUGUAGUAUCGGCCUGGCGUUCAUCAUGUUGGCUCUCAUCAGCGCCGUAGUGUACCUGGUUACACGGUCGUGCAUUUCGGACUGUGACUUCAACCCGGGCAUCAUUAAUGACGUCAUUUUCCCACGUGAUCUAACAAAUCCAGACGUAUUCGAUGACCUUACGUCCAGUGAAUACCAUUCAGUUUUAGACUUUCUUAUGAGUAAACCAGAAUUGAACUUGACUAACUUUGAUGAAGCAACUGUUAGCAGUAAUUAUAUUUAUAUGAUUGAAUCACACAUACCACCAAAACAAGAAGUCAUGAACUAUUUUAUGGGCAAAGGGAAGCGUCCAUCCAGGGAGGCUAGAGUCACCGUUGUUUUCGGGAGUAGAGUUCCACCAACACUGGAAGAUAUCAUUGUGUCUCCGACGCUAUCGCCGAAGACAUUCCGAAAUCUUGGGUGCAAAAACUGUAAUAAUAAUUCCUCAUAUUCAGCUAAACCAAUAGAUGCGAUUGACAAGAAACAGUUGUCGGAUACGCUGGAGACAAUUUUUAGCUCCGUCGGGUACUUGAUCGGUGAAAUGCCAGGUUUCUCAACAAAGCAGUGCUCUCGGCCACGUGACUGCAUUGCAACGGAGUAUUUUGAAAGUAAUUAUAACGAUGAUGAGAGACGUUUCGUCUGGGUCAAGUUAUUUACCAACUUUGUAAAUGUUCCAAGGCAACCUUUGGGAUUUAAUAUUCUUAUUUAUCAAAACAGUUUACAUCCUCAACAAACGCAGGUCAGUCAAAUCGUUUACAACGGUGUGAAAUAUUCAACUAUCGAAGACUUUAUGAGGUUAAAUGUUCUAGGAAGACAGAGGGAUAUAGAACCAACUUAUGCUGGAAUUAUAAAAGAGCCACUAUACACUAACAGCAUUUUGCUCGAAGGUCCCAAGUUGAUCGACCCGGUAGGAAAGCGUUUUCGAAUCAACGGUCAGAUCGUUGAAUACCAAAGAUGGAGGUUCCAUCUACAUAUGAGUGCAUCAAAGGGUCUUAAACUGUUCAAUAUAAUUUACGAUGGGUCCAUGAUCAUAUACGAAGCCAGUGUAGAGCAGCUUGUUUCGCUUCCGGACGUGUUCCAAGCAUGGCAGCCGCUUGGCGCAUCCUCUUACUCUCUUGUUAGAGGUGUGGACUGCCCAGAAACAGCGGUCUACUUGACCUCAGAUAUGUUCGUAAAUUCCGCAAAAAUAACUGAGUACCCAAGUCAUAUAUGUGUUUUUGAAAACAACGCUGGUAUUCCCGCUAGGAGGCGCUUUUACACAACAUCUGGCGAAGACCCAGGCGUCUACGGCGGGCGCGUUGACUACUUCCUGGUUGUUAGGACGAUCGCGUCGCUAGGUGAUUUUGAUUACAUCUUUGACUACACAUUUCGCAAUGACGGCCAGUUCAACGCAGAAGUGAAAACAAGUGCAGCCUACUCUGAUCUUAAUAUUAUCAACAGUGGCAUCGGUGUAGUGAAUGUCAAUAUAUUUCAGUUUAAGGUUGAUAUUGACGUUAAUGGCAAAAGGAAUAAUCGUAUCUCUGAAGUGCGAUUGAUAAAGAAUCCGGUCACCAUGGACCCAGAAAUGAAAGAGAGAGAUGCUGCAUUCAUAGCUAAUAUAAAUCACUUUGAUAAAAGUAGUUUCAGCAUGCAACAUGGAUAUAAUUCAUCUAAUAUGUGGCUAGUUUAUUCAACUAACUCAUCUGGUGGGAGAACGAAAUCAUAUCAAAUAAUAAACAACUCAUACGAUAAAUCAUUAGGAGACAUAACACAAAAUGUGCACAACCAUGAUUGGACAAAAUACCCCCUUCUUGUGUCAACAUAUAAAGAUAACCCAGACUCAAGUAUUGGCCCAGAACCUCUAGCAAAUGUAGUAAGUGACGUAAGACAAACAGACAAGGAUAUAGUGACUUGGAUUACUAUUGGGUCUAUGUGCCCAGCUGGAGCAGGAGGCAUGCCGUAUUCAUCCACGUCCACGUGCAGUACUUCAUUCGCUGUCAUACCACAUAACUAAGCCAAUGUUGAUUCUCCUAUUUUCUUCAUAAUAUACUUCUGUUUUGUCGUGCAUAUUAUUUCACGUUACCAACAUGCUAAGCAAGAUUUGUUUUAUGAUUAAAUAUGUAUUUCUUGUGUA